AUGGCGUUGUUUUCGAGGGUAACAGAGCAGUAUGGAGAGCUGGUGAACUUCAUCAUCCGCCCCCCUCGGGAUGACGGCUACACAGACAGCGACCUGGGUCCUCCCAGUUUUCAUCUGGGUCGCAAAGUCUUCAAACGCACUGACUUAGAACUGGCAAAUCGACGAAAUCAACGCCUGCAGUGCAGCCACUACGAGCCCACAGAACCGUUUCGACCUCAAGAGAAGCUCCCGUGUGUGGUGUAUCUUCACGGCAACUGUUCUUCGCGAGUUGAAGCCUUGGGGACGCUCCCAGUGUUGCUGCCGCAAGACAUCACGGUCUUUGCCUUCGACUUCGCCGGAAGUGGAAAGUCGGAUGGAGAGUACGUUUCGCUCGGAUGGUGGGAACGCGAGGACUUGGAUGUCGUGAUUGAGCACUUGCGCGCAACUGGACGCGUCUCCACCAUUGGCCUCUGGGGAAGAUCAAUGGGGGCCGUCACGGCGCUUCUUCAUGCAGAUCGAGAUCCAUCGAUCGGCGGCAUGGUCCUCGAUUCUCCCUUUGCUUCUCUCCGACGGCUCGCGGAGGAACUCGCGGGUGUCGUAGUGUCUUGGAAGUUGCCGCGGUUCGUCCUCAACUCUCUCCUCGCGAUGGUGAGGACUACCAUCAUAAACAAGGCGGCUUUUGAUAUCAACAACCUUGCUCCAAUCGACCAUGUCGAACACACGUUCAUUCCUGCCAUGUUUGUUGUGGCAAACAACGAUACCUUUAUCUUGCCGUCUCACGGCGAGGAACUGCACGACAAGUAUGCAGGCGACAGAAACAUUUUGCGCGUCGAGGGAGACCACAACAGCGUUCGUCCUCGCUUCCUCAACGACUCGGCGGCGAUCUUCUUUCACACAUGUUUGACGGUGCAAGCGUUGCGCGCAUCUCAAGAGCCGCCGAAGUUCAUGUCGUUUUCCGGACUUUCGCUCUUUGGAGGCGAUUCGGAGGGAUGCAGAAGAGUCGCGGAAAGAACAGCGAGAGCAGACGGACGCGGGAGAAGACUCACGAGGCACCCGACAGGGAGCGACCAGCCUCUGAAGGCCAGUCCGAGCGAGAGUGGUGUCACUUCGGCGAGACAGCGAAAUCAAUCUGCACCUGGGGAGACAGACAGAAGAGAGGCUUCCCGCGACAUUGCGGAGUGCCCUUCACCUCCAGACUCUCACGCACUGUCUCCGUCCUCGCUGCGGUCGCUGCGUCUCCACUCUCGCCAAACGUCUUCGCGGUCUGUGCAGAAACACCGAAAGGCCUGUCAGCCGAGCGCCGACGAGAAGCGGCAGGCCACUGGUGAGUCGUCCUCUUCUUGCUCUUCUGCUAGCUCUUCUGCUUCGAGUCGAGCUCACGCCGUUCGCGCAUCUUCGCUCUUUGGAUUCCCUCGGAGUCUCUGGCGCUCGCCUUCGCUCUCUGCGCGCGGCGAGCAGUUGGCGCGAGAUGAGACGCAGCGCGCAGAAGACAGGCCCAGAAAAGAGGCGAAUUCGACGAAUGCCAUGAGCCGUGUGGCGAAGGCCUGCAGGCGACGCAGCAGCGACGCGGAGAAUCGACAGGCGUUGCAAGCAGCCGAGGGAGAAAGGCUGCACGCUUCCUCGAGGCGGACCAGUUUUUCCGAGGGACAGAGACAGAGAGAGAGAGCAGCGCCGGAGACCGCGGCAGAGGCUGACGGACGCAGAGAGUUGAGGGAGUUCGACUCCGAGGACUUCAAAGAGUUACUGCAAGAUGAUUUCUACACUUCUGGAAACGCCCUCUACGACAUGCGACGACCAGAAGCGGCAUGGGGAUUCCUCCCAGACACCUCGGGGGACCUACACUUCCUCGCGUCUGACGGCUACGCCGACGAUGAAGACGAGAUCGUUCAGCGUGCAGUCGCGUUGUCUCUGGAGGAGUAUCUGAACUCUCAGCGGAAUGGGUCUUCGGAGGCAGGAGAGAAGUCUCUCGGCAGUGCGGAUUCUGCUUCAAAUGCUGCUGAGAUGGAGACGAGCCACCGACGUCCUCCUUCUGGGCGAACAGAGGCACAGCAAGGCAAAGCUUUUCAGUUGUUCGCUGAACAAAGCCAUGGCAAAGAAGAGAGCGUGCAUCCGACUCGACCCCCGUGGACAUCGAUGCUCUCCGCGUCUCCGGGAGAGAGGGCCGCCGACAGCGAGAGUCCGCAGCCAAGGCAGAAACACAGGCGCUCUCGUCGAAGGGCUUCUGCCGCCAGAGACUCGAGGCUCGGGAGCGACUCGGCAAGCGGCUCAGGUGAAGAGCCUCAAGAAGAAGAAGGACCAAGAGCAAGUGAGAAAGCAAGAGCACCGUGGCGAGAAAGAGAGGAUGAACGAGAGGAUGAAGAAGACGCUCAUGAUCGCCGUUUGUCUCCUCUCUCGAUUAACAUGUCGCAUACGUCACGGCGAGACAACGCCGCGCGGAAAACGGUUUCGGCUUCUCUGCCUUCUCUCGCCAUGCCAAUCGUGUGUGGGGACGCUCCCCAAAGUGUCUCCUCACCCUCAAAUCUCAGCUCGCCCCCUACCCUGUCGCAGGUGGGCGAGACGCCGUGCCAGUCGCGGGCAUCUCUUUCGCGUUCUUCGCUUUCUCGCUCUUCUUUUUCGCGUCCUGUCUUCUCCUUCACCUUCUCCAAAAAGAAGAGAGAAAACCAAAAUCUUGCAUAA